AUGUCGACUGUGCAGAAGGCUCACUCUGUUCAGAAUUACACUAAUAAAGAACAGCACAGCAUAUCACCGGCACCACAUUUUAAUUAUGAGACAUAUUAUAAACAUCAAGAAAAACAACCGACACAUACAAACCCUCUUCUUCAAUAUCUAUCGGAUACAGAAUUGAAGUUUCGAAAUGACAAUCUGUACGAAACAGAAACCUUUCGAUUACCUCGUCGAACCGAUAUCUUAAAUCGAUAUAUUAAAAUGAAUCCGAAUUUCGACCAUUUAAAUCGUGUCUAUGAGCCGAACUCGACAAAUAUUGAAAAACAACGUUAUCGACGUUGUGUUGAACAGCAAGAACAACGAUUACAUCGUAUUCGGAAGAAAUUUGAUUUUCAAACCAAUGACGGCCACAAUAGCCAUUAUUUUUUAACGGGUGCUCGUUACAAUCGGUUCGAUACAGUCGAUUCGAAAAUUUUACUGAAAUAUGGAACAUUUGUUAAUCGAAAUAAUCCUGAACAAGUCGAUAUAAAAGCAUCACACUUUAAAAAAUUCCGUGAAAUUCUUCAAGCACAACAUCGUGCGAGUUCAACUGCUGGUGAAACAUCACGAAAAGAUCUUGGCUAUGAUCUAAGUGAUGACAAAAAAGUUGAAGAAGAUUUAGAAGAUUUAACAAAUCGAUUUGAAAGAAGUUCAAGUCGGCAAUCAAGUUUAAAACCAACAGCAUAUGGAAAACGAACUAAAUUGCCAAAAAUUAAAGAUCCCGAACGAUAUGUUGAUGUUGGAAGUCAAAUGCCCGAACGGAAACGAGGUCGCCGUUCUCUUGAUCGAGCAAUCUCAUCUUCAUCGACACAUCGUAGUAAUCGUCAUCGUCGUCAAUCUCAACAUCAACAGCAACAAUCGCCAGCACAACAAAGUAGUGUUUCCUAUGUUGCAAAUAAAGUUUCAUUUUCAUUGGUCAAUGAAUCCAAUCCACCAAUCACGACCGCAACAAAUAAACAACAAGAGGAUGAAUAUGAAUUAGUAACCACUGAGGAUAAUGAUCAACGUUAUGAAUCACUACAAAAGCAACAUGCGGUUCCUCAUGAAUCUAUUGAUGGUGAUGAAGAAGAGAACGAUGACGAUGAACAUGAUGAUGAUGAUGAUAAAAAUAACAAUAAUAAUAAUCAUGAUGAUGAAGACGAACAAGCACAGGCACAGGAAGAAUAUGUUGAGAAAAAUGAUGAUGAUGAUGGAGAGGAAGAUGAAGAAAAUAAUCCAACAGUUCUUGAACAUCUUCGUGUUCAAGCUACUGCCAUGGUUUCGAAUAUACUUUCGUCUGCUAUGGACCAAAUCAGCCUUACAGCAACAGAAUAA